AUGGAGUCCUGCCAAUGGAUCUGUGAACGACGGCGUGAUGAACGGGUACCGGCUUCGUGCAGCGACACUUUCGAUGAAAAGUAUAAGGAGUCCUGCAGGGGCGGGGAUUGGGUCGAGAAAGCUUAUUUUGAUCAUGGAAGCGGAAAAUGCGUACAGUUCUGGUGGGAUGGUUGCACGUCCCCAUCUCAGAAUAUUUUCAACGAUUUGAAGACUUGUCAAGGAUUCUGUGAGCAACCAGAUAACAAAAUUUCUGAAGGACCUCCCGAGCAAGAAACAAAAUAUCGCUGUUUACAACCGUUGGAAGUUGGCACAUGCAAAGAGACAUAUCCCAACUACUAUUUUGAUCGCAUUACGAAGAGUUGUCGACCUUUCUCCUAUACGGGUUGUGGCGGCAACGAUAAUCGUUUCCUCACACUAACACAAUGCCAAGGACUAUGCGAGCCGUUUAUGUACUUGACUGAUACGGAAAUGGACUGCUACAUGCCCUUAGAUCAUGGUCAUGGAAAAACUGAUGAGAAAUGCCUGACAGAUGCCGGCUUUCGAUUCUAUUUCAACAGAGACCAAGGAAAAUGCAUUCGUUUCUGGUAUCUCGGCUGUGGCGGUAAUGCGAACAACUUUUUCUCGUACGAAGUCUGUCAGCGGUCAUGCCGGACCCAGAUGCGACGACUUGAGCGACGACCACGCGCGAAUAGCAAUGCUAUCUGCUCCUACGACCCGGAUUGGGGAUCAUGUAAUCAAUUACGGUAUAUGUGGUUCUACAAUCAAACUCGAGGAACAUGUGACCAAUUUCUCUAUGGCGGUUGCGAAGGGAAUCCGAACAAGUUCGAAACUUUCGAGUUGUGCCAGAAGACUUGCGAAUUGUCAGGAUUGGGUGAGAAAACCUUUAUAGAAGUCGGAUACAAUAACUAG